AUGGAGAGCCCCUCCAAGAUGGAAAGCACCGGGGUCAGCCAACAGCCUCCUCCGCCGCCGCCGCCACCGCAGUCCCAGCCGCAGCCACCUCAACCACAGCCUCCCCAGCCGUUCUUGCAGCCCGCCGCCUGCUUUUUCGCUGCUGCAGCGGCGGCGGCGGCGGCGGCUGCUCAGAGCGCGCAGCAGCAGCCGCAGCAGCCCCAGCAGCUGAGUCCGGCCGACGGCCAAGCCUCGGGGGGCGGUCACAAGUCAGCGCCAAAGCAAGUGAAGCGGCCGCGUUCCUCUUCGCCGGAGCUGAUGCGCUGCAAGCGGCGCCUCAACUUCAGCGGCUUCGGCUACAGCCUGCCUCAACAGCAGCCCGCCGCCGUGGCCCGGCGCAACGAGCGCGAGCGCAACCGUGUCAAGCUGGUCAACCUGGGCUUCGCUACAUUGCGGGAACAUGUCCCCAACGGCGCGGCCAACAAGAAGAUGAGCAAGGUAGAAACUCUGCGCUCCGCUGUAGAGUACAUCCGCGCCCUGCAGCAGCUGCUGGACGAGCACGACGCCGUGAGCGCUGCCUUCCAGGCUGGCGUCCUGUCGCCCACCAUCUCCCCCAACUACUCCAACGACUUGAACUCAAUGGCCGGCUCCCCGGUCUCUUCCUACUCGUCCGACGAGGGCUCCUACGACCCGCUCAGUCCAGAGGAACAGGAGCUUCUGGACUUUACAAACUGGUUCUGA